AUGGACUCCAAGGGAGAUUCCUCUUCUUCCUCCUUCUCUCCCUUAUCCCCCUCUUCUUCCUCCUCCUCCUCCUCCUCUUCCUCCUAUUCUUUCCUUUCUUCUUCUUCCUGUCCUUCCUCCUCCUCUGAGAAAGAGGGGGAAAGAGAGAGAAGGAGAAGGAAAGAGAGAAGGAAGGAA